AUGUUCCACCUCUUCUCCCACUGCUGGUCGUGGCUGCAGGCCAUACAGGAGCCCAUCAGAAAGGUGACCCUCCUUGUCAUGGGGCUGGACAAUGCAGGGAAAACCUCUGUCAUCGUGGACAUAGAGAGAGUGCUGGCCGGCGAGGCGCUGCCCGAUGCGCAGCCUGGCCAGAGCCGCCUGCGGGUGGAUCGCUUCGAGGUGACGCUGCUGGAGCUGCCCGGGGCCCAGCGCUCCCGCAGCGCCUGGCGCAGCCACUACAGCGAGGCACACGGGCUCCUCUUCGUGCUGGACUCGGGUGACCUGGCUCGGAUGGAGGAGGCCCGCAAGGUCCUGAGCCGCGUCCUGAGCCAUCCUGACGUCUCCGGAAAGCCCCUCUUGCUGCUGGCCAACAAGCAAGACUCGGCUGCCGCUCUGCUGCCCUGCGAGCUGAUCGAGCGGCUGUGCCUGGAGCCGCUGGUCAACGAGAACCGCUCGCCCUGCCGCAUCGAGCCCUGCGUGGCCAAGCGGGUCCCCCCCUGCGGCCCGGCCCGUUCCACCGUGCAGGGGCUGCGCUGGCUCCUCCGCGCCGCCGCCGCCCCGGGCCCGCCUGCCCCGAGGGUCCCCCUCGCCCGCCCGGCCGCCCGCAGGGACCGGCCGCCUCCCGGGGAAGAAGCUCGGGAGGGCUCGGGGAAGAACGGGGAGCCCCGGCCGGAGCGCCCCGUCUGCCGCCUCCUGCCCCUGGAGAACAGCGCUAAGGGCCCCAGGAGGAGGAAGAGGAAGGUGAAGGUGAAGAAAAAGGGCUCGGGGCACCCGAGCCCAGCCGAAGAGCCGGAGGGACCGGGAGCAGGGGGUGACAGCCGUGCGGGGGCUGCCGGGGGGCUGCUGCUCCCCAACAGGGUCGGGCAGGAGGAGCCCACACCCGUCGGGAUGGUCACCCCCCACACAGAUCUGUACCGCCGGGCCAUGCUGGCUCUGAAGAUGAGGCAGGAGCAGAGGAAGCAGCCGUCGGCCAUCGCUCCCUGA